GUCCAGGUUUAAAGUGAGCAACUCUUCAGGUUUCACCUGAACACAGCACAACAGGAAGUGAACCUCUGCCACAGCUGUCUGCCUGGUAACAGGUGACGCUGCAGGUCAUGUGACCUCGUCCUCUGGUUUUUACAGCAGCUCUCAGUCCGACUGUGUCAGUGUUUGUCAGGUCAACAGAGGAACAUGGCUUCAUCCUUCCUCAGCUUCUCCCUCCUCUUCAUCGCUGCGUCCACAGCAGAUGGAUUUAGGGAAUAUGCAGUGAAUCGCUGUGACUUUAACUCCACUGAACUGAACGACAUCACGCUCAUUCAGUCGUACUUCUACAACAAACUGGAGUACGCCAGGUUUGACAGCAGAGUGGGGAAGUAUGUUGGAUACACUGAGUUUGGAGUGAAGAACGCUGAGGCCUGGAACAAAGGUCCAGAGCUGGUUCAGAUGAGGAAUGAGAAGGAGAGAUACUGUGUUCACAACAUUCAGAUCUGGUACCAACUGGCUCUGGCUUCAUCAG